AUGCAAAAUAUAACAUUUAGUAAUAAUAAUUUAUCAUAUGAAGAAUUGGAAAUUAAACAAUUAUUAACUUUAUUUGUUAAGAUUGUUCAACAAUUUAUACAAGAUUUUCAAAGUAAUUCUAAACAAUUACAAGAUUGA